GCCAAAACAAGCCUGCAAGUUUCCAAAGGCAAAGAUAUCCAAUCCCCCCCAAAGAUCCAACUAACUAAACCCAUCGCGUUUUUCUCGUCUUUACUAAGCACACCCCCCCAACAGGCCAUGUGAUUCCUUCGUCUUCUCCGGCUAGCUCUGCCCAUACCGGUCAGUCUUCCCCUCCUCCUCCUUCUUCUCCACACUUCAACACCACCACAACUCUUACCGAAUGCUUCAAUCUUCGAUUAAUCCAAUUGAUUGCUGAUUUCGCCACUACUGAUUUUGAUUUUCGAGCUGGUGGUAUAACCAUGAUGGGCUCUCAGAACCACCAGGACCAUCGAUACGGUGGUUCGAAAGAAGAGAUGGAGAGUCUCGUCCUCGACGACCCGCCGCCGUUGAACAACGGCGGCGCCAGUAAAUCGUCGUAUUCGAAUUACCGCAGCGCCAUGUCGUCGCUUUCCGACACGCACCACCCGCUCUCGUCUAUAAUCGUCUCCACGACCCCGGCCCCGGCCGAAUCCGAUCCGCUUCUGACUGCGCCACCGCCGUUCCGCGAUCUCCGAAACCCUAACGGCGCCGACAGCUCCGCGUACGUCGACCCGCCCUCUUACGGCGACGUGGUUUUCAGUCCGUUGGAUGGCGAGACGAUCGGCGAAAUCAACGGCGUCGAGAGUCCGAGCAAGAGCUCCGACCAUUCCAGCUCUUAUUCGCUUUCGCGAUCUUCGUCUUCCAGCUCCGACUAUAUCAAAAUCACGGUUUCGAAUCCUCAGAAGGAGCAGGAGUCCACGAAUUCAGUUAUUCCCGGAGGGAAUACUUACGUCACGUAUCUGAUCACGACGAGGACGAACAUUCCGGAGUUCGGCGGCUCGGAAUUUGGCGUCCGGCGGCGGUUUCGGGACAUUGUGACGUUAUCGGACCGGCUGGCGGAGGCGUACAGAGGGUUCUUCAUUCCGCCGCGGCCGGAUAAGAACGUGGUGGAGAGCCAGGUGAUGCAGAAACAAGAGUUUGUGGAGCAGAGGAGAGUGGCAUUGGAGAAGUACUUGAGGCGGUUAGCGGCUCACCCUGUGAUCAAGAAGAGUGAUGAGUUGAAGGUGUUUCUGCAAGUUCAGGGGAGGUUUCCGUUGCCGAUGACCACCGACGUGGCGUCGAGAAUGCUGGAUGGGGCUGCUAAGCUGCCGAAGCAGUUGUUCGGCGAGAGUUCCCCGGUGGCUCCACACGAGGUGGUUCAGCCGGCGAAAGGCGGGAGGGACUUGCUGAGGUUGUUCAAGGAGCUGAAGCAGUCUGUGGCCAAUGACUGGGGAGGUUCGAAGCCGCUUGUGGGAGAGGAGGAUAAGGAGUUUAUGGAAAAGAAAGACCACAUGCAGGAGCUCGAGCAACAACUCAGCAAUGCAUCCCAGCAUGCUGAAUCACUUGUAAAAGCUCAACAAGACAUGGGAGAGACUAUGGGAGAGUUAGGACUAGCAUUUAUAAAACUGACUAAGUUUGAAAAUGAGGAGGCCUUGUUCAACUCUCAAAGAAUACGUGCUGCUGACAUGAAGAAUGUGGCGACUGCUGCUGUAAAAGCCAGCAGAUACUAUCGAGAAUUGAAUUCUCAGACUGUCAAACAUUUGGACACAUUCCAUGAGUAUCUUGGGCUUAUGUUAUCCGUCAAAGGUGCAUUCUCGGAUCGAUCAAGUGCUUUAUUGACUGUUCAGACUCUUCUAUCAGAAUUGGGUUCAUUGCAGUCGAGGGCUGAAAAACUUGAAGUUGCAUCGAACAAAAUUUUUGGUGGUGACAAAUCAAGGACUCGCAAACUAGAGGAGUUAAAUGAUACCAUAAGAGCUACUGAGGAUGCUAAGAAUAUAGCAAUCAGAGAAUAUGAGAGAAUCAAGGAGAACAACAGAAGUGAACUUGAGAGGCUUGACAGCGAGAGGCAUGCUGACUUCUUGAACAUGUUGAAGGGGUUUGUUCAUAAUCAGGUGGGAUAUGCCGAGAAAAUUGCAAAUGUGUGGUCCAAGGUUGCCGAGGAGACCAGUUCGUAUGCACGAGAGAGCUCUUGAACCCCUGUGGCUGUAAAUCAAGUUUUCGCCUUUUCUUUCUUUCCUUUAGAUUUAAUUGAUACCACUUGAAAGGAAAAUUACAUUACAUUCAUAAGAAAUAACCAAAGAAAAAGGGAACCAUUAAUAGUUCAUAAGUUUAUGUUUCCCAAGGUUGUAUCUGUUACAUAGUUAAUUACACGUUUUUAGAGUUCAUACUGUAAAUUGCUGCUCCUUAUUUGAUAUUUGGUGGUUCUAAUCUGCUGAGUUGCGAAAAAUGAGCUAUGGGGAGGAGAUCGUGGUGUGGGAUUGGAUUGCUUAAGUCCUUAGAAUGAGUGUGCUUUAAUUGUUUGGUAAUUCUUUCCUCAUGCUUUAAGAUGGCCAGAUGGGCUUUGCAUUCUUUUGUUCACUGCAAGGCUCAUCGGCAUGUAAUUACUUUGUUUAAAAGUGGAACAUUCCAAGUUUCCAACUGAUUGUUCUA